AUGAGACCACGAACAGCUAAUUUAAAUGUCUAGUGGAGCGUUCGAAUCCGUGUACCAUUAUUACCUACAGAAGGCCCGCAUUGGACCUUUCCCAAAGAUAUGACUAAUAUAUUUGAUUUGGAAUCAAAGCCUUAUAGAGGUAAUCCUGGGCCUGGCAAAUAUGAAUAAAGAAAAAAUUACACAAUUGAGCAAGAAAAGCAAAGACUAAAAGAGAGGAGAAAGUCGGUUGAUAUUAACAAAAUACCUAAACGCCCAGUAUUCACUGAUGAAGCAAUUAGAGAAAAAAGAAAUGCUCCUGCUCCAGGCUAGUAUGCUCCUAAGGCAGUAUUAUUUGAAAAGGUCUAGGGUAGUGUGCAAAUGAAAACUGACAAAAAGAGCUAUAUUGAUGAUGAAAUAUAAAGAAAGUCAUUCAAUUUAGGUCCUGGUGCUCUCAAUCCUAAAAGAGCAUUCUAUGAGAAGAGAGUAACAGGUCUUAGUUGGAAGAAAGUAGAAAAAGAAGACUGGAAAAUUUAAAAGAAGGAAGGACCUGAUAUGGGCUCUUAUAAUCCAAGCAAGUCAUAUAAAAACAUAGAUAAAAAAACUCAUAAUGUGAUUAUAUCUAAGACGGAUACACCUAAUUUUUCGGCAAAAUAUGCCAAAGAAAAAGCUUUUGUACCACCUUGUGGAACUUAUGAUGCUGAUAAAUGCUACUCUAAAGUGCAUCGACCAAUGAAAAUGAGAUUUUGA